GGUCUGCACAGAGCCCAGUGAGUCACCGGCUGGCAGCAAGGUGCGGCUCUCCCACUUGUAAGCGCCAGUGCCCGUCCCGGAGCUCACUUGGAAGGAGGACGACUACAGGAGCGAAGCCGCCUCACCCGCCAGUGCAACAUGUUCAAGUGCGGUAUCGCCUAUCCCAGGUGCAAAUGGAUCCUGCCGCUGCUCCUGCUCUGCGCCAUCAUCUUCGAUAUCAUCGCUCUGGCCGGGAAGGGCUGGGUGGAGACCGAGUCCGGCAGGGAGUACGCGUCUCUGUGGGAGCACUGCUUCAACAGCAACUGCAGUUCUAUCAUGGACUUUGCCUGGGGUAAAGCAACUGCUGCACUAAUGAUCAUUGGCCUCAUCAUCCUCAUCAUUUGCUUCAUUCUCUCCUUUGUUGGACUGUGUAUACCACGCAUCUCUCUGCUCAGAGUAAUCGGAGCACUUCUGUUUUUGGCUGUUAUCCUGCAGGUGUGCGCUCUGAUCAUUUACCCCGUGAAAUUCACUAAUGAUCUGGCUGUGAGACCGGAGAACUACCUAUACAGCUGGACCUACGGCUUUGGAUGGGGCAGUACAAUCAUUAUGUUUGGCUGUGGAAUCUUCUUCUGCUGUCUGCCCAAUUUUGAGGAUGAACUACUGGGGAACGUCAAGACCAAAUACUUCUAUACAUCCUCCUAAAUUUAAGACUGCUAUUUUGUAUCUCUCGACCUUUGGAAAGUGACUGUCCUAUUUUGAGUGAUCCCAGUCUAUUGGGUUUAUAAAUUCCAUUUGCUAACUCUAUUUGUAUGUUUGACCAGGCAAAAAUGCUAUUGGUGCAAUUAGAUAUAUAUUUUUUCUACAACUUAUAUUUGUACUUGACUAGAAUAUCCUAUUGCUUUUUCUUGUUGCAGUUCUGAUCUGAUAUGUAGUUUACAUUGCUAUUUGCUUUUAGUGGCUCAUUUAGCUGAUGGCUGUUCUUCCUGACUCCCCCAUCUAGAUGCUUUGCUAAUCGUGCAUAUGGCCUCCAUGGAAAGAGGGAAGUAAGCAGCUGCCAGACACCUGGCUGCAGCUUAUUCUGCUUGAGGAAAAAAGGAUCAGGCCUGUUGAAAAUGUCCAUGCCCGAUCCCUCUUUUCCCCUAACCUGAUCUGUGCCUAAUCAGACACUCCUAUACACAAAAUCGUUGAUUUUGGCUGACUUGGGGACACCUUUAGUGUCGGCAUCUAGUGCUGAUUAGGCAUCAGACAUGACAUUCUCUGUGUGCUUUAGUGGGGGCAUGAUGCCUAGCAUAUAAAGAUCACCACAUGUUUGAAUGUAGCCUUUGUUUCAGACCACAAAUAUACCAUGAACCUCUAAAAUGGGUUGACCAGCUUGAGGUUACUCUCAAAAUAAUGGGAGCAAAUGUUCCCAUUAAUCUCCUUAUCAUGUCCCCAUGGUGUACUAGGUUAUCAGCAUGUAGAAAUCCACUGCAGAAUAGAGGUGAAGAGUCUAAGGGUUGUCUUGUGUCUAGAUUGCAGCCACUCAUGGGUACGGAUGAGAUCACAUGACUUCCUGGUCCUCUGUGGCCUGUUCAUAGAUCUUUAUGUUCAUGGACAUAUUAAGGGCUCAUGCACACGGUCCUAGUUUUGGUCCACAUCGGAUACAGACCCAUUCAACUCUGUGUGCUCUCCGCAUCCGUAAGUCCGUUCUGCGGCUCUG